AUGCAUGCGGCGAAGUCGGCCGGCGGCAUGGCCCUGCAGAUCGACCUCGGCCACGGCGGCAACGCCAACAACGCCAAUGUGGGCAGCGGCAUCGGCCGCGGCGGGUCGUCCAAGAAGCGGCUGGUGAUGAUCAUCGCGGACCCGGGCCGCGAGUCGACGGCGGCCAUGGAGUGGGCGCUGUCGCACGCCGUCGUGGAGGGCGACGACAUCCUGCUCCUCCACGUCAACAUGCCGCUCCCGAGCGGCGCCCCGGCCCCGGCCCCGUCGCGCACCGGCUCCGGCGGAGGCGGGGGAUCCCCGAUCGCCGUGCUCCUCGGCGGCAGCGGCGGGGCGGCGGACGGGGAGUUCAUGGAGACGAUGCGGGCGGCGUGCAGGGCGAGGCACCCGCGCGCGAGGGUCCACGCGGAGCGCGUGGAGCCGGCCACGGAGGGCCGCGAGGCCAAGGCCCAGACCAUCCUCGCCGAGUCCCAGCGCCGCGGCGUCGAGCUCCUCGUCAUCGGCCACCGACGCAUCUCCUCCUUCCUCGGGUUGCGGAGCGCGAGCGGGUCGAGCCGGGGGCACGACAGCACGGCGGAGUUCUUGAUUGAGCAUAGCAAGUGCCUGUGCGUCAGCGUGCAGAAGAAGGGCCAGAACGCCGGCUUCCUGCUCAACACCAAGACCCACAAGAACUUCUGGCUCCUCGCAUGACACGUAUACCCAUUCCCGUUAAUUGAUUAGAUCGACCGAAAAAUACACUUUUUGCAAUUAUCUCUCGUGCGCACGAUCGCACGCUAAUUAAUUUAGAGCAAUGCAAUGCGUGCUUGAUUGCAUCAAGAACGAGUUGAUCCAGCUGAAUCGGUUAGUUGGGUAAAAGUGUGGGGGACAGAAGAAGAUACACACCAUUUCUUUUGUUUUCGAGUCAUCGUUCUUGAUGAUCA